AUGCGAAGGGUAGUCGUAACAGGUCUUGGAGCCGUGACUCCACUUGGAGUCGGCGUUCGGCCGACUUGGAAGCGUCUGAUCGAUGGUCAAUGUGGAAUAGUGAACAUCAAAGAAAGAAACCCAAAGUUUGCCACUUUGCCGUCACAGGUUGCGGGCGUGAUCCCUGUCGGUCUUCGAGCGGACGGAGGAUGGACUUCCAAAGAAUGGUUGCAGCCGGGCGAUGACAGAAAAAUGGCGCUGUUUGCGCAAUAUGCUAUGGCUUCAGCGGAAGAAGCCCUACAAGACGCAAAUUGGAGACCCAAGUCAGAGGAAGAUCUUCAAGCAACCGGAGUCUAUAUCGGCUCUGGUAUCGGCAGUCUAGAUGAUGCCUAUAACACGGCUGUAGAAUUCGAAAAAGGGGGCUACAAGAAAGUCUCUCCGCUGUUCGUACCUAGGCUGCUGAUAAACUUGGCUGCUGGUCACAUCUCAAUGAGAUACGGAUUCAAGGGUCCCAACCAUGCAGCGACUACAGCUUGUACAACCGGAGUUCACGCCAUCGGCGAUGCUGCCCGUAUGAUCAUGUUUGGCGAUGCGGACGUCAUGGUUGCUGGAGGUGCGGAAUCCUGCAUACAUCCACUCGCCAUUGCUGGAUUCGCUCGAGCCAGAAGUCUAGCUACGGACUGGAACGACAGUCCUGAAAAGGCUUCGAGACCAUUCGACAGAUCGAGAGCAGGCUUCGUGAUCGGUGAAGGUGCAGGUGUUGUGGUACUCGAAGAGUUAGAGCACGCAAAAGCACGUGGAGCUCCCAUCUAUGCCGAGAUCAAAGGCUACGGCCUCUCAUCUGAUGCGCAUCAUAUGACAGCUCCUCGCGAAGACGGCCAGGGACCGUAUCUUGCCAUGAAGCGUGCGCUCAAGCAAGCUGGCAUCAAACCUGCAAAUGUCGACUAUGUGAACGCCCAUGCUACUUCCACCGUCCUCGGUGAUGCAGCCGAAAACCGUGCUAUCAAGACCAUAUUGCUCGGCGAAGAAGGACACACAAGCGCUCAGGAUGUCAAUAUUAGCAGCACCAAAGGCGCAGUAGGACAUCUUUUGGGGGCUGCAGGGGCAGCGGAGACCAUAUUUACUGUCCUCGCGUUGCAAAACAACGUACUGCCACCAACACUUAACCUCGAGCAAGCCGGUGAUCCUGCAUCCGACUUUGAUUGCAAUUAUGUCCCAAACACAGCACAAGAUCAUAACGUGCAAGUCGCUCUAUCCAACAGCUUCGGCUUUGGAGGAACGAAUGCGAGCAUCUGUCUCAGCAGAUACGGCUAGAAUUGGGUUGCCAGGACAUCCACGCAAUCCGAUUUUUGUUAUUUCUCGAUGGAUCAAUUCUCUCGCCGAACCUUUUUUUUUUUUAUCUCGUUAUCGAUUGCUCGAU